CUGGUACUUUUGAUCCCCCCACAUAUCCGGUAUGGCAACCAAUCGUAAUGCCAAAUGGCGAAGUUGAAAUAAAUUUGGUCCCAAAUAAAAAAUAUUAUUAUAAAUUUGUUAUUGAUGGUAAUUGGGUGUUGGAUCCUAGUUUAGCUAGUUAUCCUGAUGAACAUGGAAAUUGGAAUCAUGAAAUUGUUGUUGAACAACCCAUUCCUCCUUCUCCACCACAAUUACCAGAAAUUUCUAAAGAAGAAGAUUCAACAAUUAUUCAACCUCCUGCACCUAUCCUAACUCCACCAGAAUCACCAGAAUAUAACCUUGAUCUUGAAAAUGAUAAACAUAAACCUACAAUGUCGGAUGACGAAAAAGAAAAUCACGAUAGUAAUGUUGUAAUUGAAAACACAACUACUAAAAUUGAUGAUGAAACUGCCACAACAAAAGAAUUGGUCGAAGAGAUUAAAGAAUUAGAAGAAAAAGAUUCUAAAGAAAAUUUGAAUGACGAUAAUAAUAUUGAACAAUAUAAUGAUCAUGAGAAAUCUACGAUGUCGGAUGACGAAAAAGAAAAUCAUGAUAGUAAUGUUGUAAUUGAAAACACAAAUACUAAAAUUGACGAUGAAAUUGCCACAACAAAAGAAUUGGUCGAAGAGAUCAAUAAAGCAAACGAAGAUAUUAAAGAAUUAGAAGAAAAAGAUACCAAAGAAAAUGUGAAUGACGAUAAUAAAAUCGAAAUUACAUCUUUUUCCUCAGUUGAUAAUGAUUUGGUGCAUGAUAAUGAUUUUGAAGCAUUAAAAUUUUCUUCAUCAUUAGAGUCAACAAUCGAAUCUUCAUCUUCAUCUUCAUCUUCUGUCACUACCACUACUACCGCUACUUUAUCAUCAAUAUCAUCAAUAACGCAAAAAGAAUCAUCAAUAAUAACAGCCAAUACACAUGUUUGUAAAUGUGGUGAUUCCUGUGAUUGUACUGAUUGUAAAUGUGGCAGUGAUGGGAAUGAAGAUGAACAUCGUCAUGAGGAGAAGUAUCAUAAAGCACAUGUUUGUAAAUGCGGCGAAUCUUGUAGUUGUGUUGAUUGUAAAUGCAGCAGUGACGAGAAUGAUAAUGAUAAUGAUAAUAAUGAAAAGGUGCAUGAUAAAAUUAUUUCAUUAUCAACUGAAGAGCAUGUUUGUAAAUGCGGCGAAUCUUGCAGUUGUGUUGAUUGUAAAUGUGGCACGCAUGUUUGUAAAUGCGGAGAAUCUUGUAGCUGUGCUGAUUGUAAAUGCGGCAGUGACGAGAAUGAAGACGAACAUCAUAAUGAGGAGGAGUACACAAUUGAUAAAGAUCAUUUAUUAUUUUCUGGUGAAAUUAUUAAUGAUUUUGAUUCUGGUGAAAUCAAAAACAACGAAGAAUUUUCAAAUAUGGAACUUGAUGAAGAAGAAGAAAAACUUGAAGCCACCGAGACAAUUGUUGAUACUAUAACUACAACAUCUGACGACAUAAAAGAAUCUUCUCUAUCUUCUACUAUUGAUGAUGUUAAAGAUUUUGAUAAUUCGAACACAAAUAUGUGGUCAGAAGAAAUUACAAGUGAACAAGAUCCAAUUGUGGAUAGAAACAAGUGGCCAGAAGUUAUAAAUGAUCAAGAUUUAACUUUAUAUACUUGGGAAUCCAAAGAAAAUGUAUCGGAAUUUAAUUCUAACAAUAAUCAAUCAUCCGAUGACUCAAAUUGGACAAUCGAUAAUGGUACCAAUGAUGACUUAGGUUUAGUAGAAAAUGUUGAAGGGGAUGAUGAUGUUGCUCCAACAGUUACAAUAACAACAACGGCCACCCCCGAUGCUGAAUUUGUAGCAGAAGAAAAAGAGAGUGGCAAGGAUGAUGAUGAAACUAUUGUCGUUGAAAGUGUUUUAACAUCAUUAGAGGAAGAACAAAAGGAAGAGGAGGAAUUAGUUGUUAAUAAUGAUUCUACAAUUGAUGAUAAUAGUAAAGUUAUUAUUCUUGACGAAGAAGAAAUUUUGGAUACGACCGAUGAUUGUUUAUCAAAAGAAGAAGCUAUUAUUCUUGAUGAAGAAGAAGAAAUUUCGAAUACGAUUGAUGAUUAUUUAUCAAAAGAAGAAGAAGCAGCAAUUGAUGAAGCAAUUGUCAAUAGUAGUGAAUAUAAUACAAGAGAUCAUUUUGUUAUCAGAUGA